AUGAAAAAUAGCAAUUGGAUCAGAAAGAACUGGCUUCUUGUAGCUGGGAUUUCCUUCACAGGCAUCCAUCUCGGAACAUAUCUUAUACAGAGAGCUGCAAAACAAUCUGUAAAGUCUCAGUCUGAAGGCAAACAAGAGUUUGAAUAAUGAACUAAAAUAAAUAUUUGGAAUUACUAAUAUGUCAUUACAGCAUUACGUGCCGAUUAGUAUUGUAAGCAUGGAGCUAAGUAUUUAAUUUUAUAGCCACAACGCUGUAUAUUCGGACUUUCCUUCCUGAAGGAUAAUCUUGUUAACUGUUGAAACCCACCACAAUACAAUAAAUAGAAAACUCUGGUUAACAAAAUAAAAGCUGUCUUCACAAAUUA